AUGUUUAGAACAAGUAAGAAGGUAAUUGUUGCUGUUGGAAAUGAUAAAAGCAAUACACUUCUAGUUCCAACACCCUGCUGGAUCAGCAGUGCCAAGAAAAGAACGACCCUGAAUCUCAAUUUACAAGAAAUAAAUGCCACCACAAUAUCCAAAAUAAAUACAAUGAAUACUUUUUCCCCAACCUUAUAUCCAGACCGUAUGGAGCUAGGGACAUUGACUGAACAGGAGCAGUGUGUGUCACCUCUGCUAAAAACGGCUUUCUUUACUGUCAGAAAUCUGGAAACUUAUGUUCCAGUUAUAUUUAUUAACUGUACACAGAAAGAUGCAAUCCGUUCAAUGAAACUUAUAAGAUAUUGCGUUCAAUGCUGCGAAGAUGGGCUAAAAUAUAGUCCUUUUAUUUUUGUUAGUCUACUUGAUUAUCCAGUCCAAUAUGAAUUAAAGAGGUCUGGGACAGCUCGUUGGGAACGCCUGAUUAAGUUUGCUGGUAAUUCACCUAAUCCUGUAACUCUGAUAGAAGUUUGUAGAAAUAUAGCUGAGAGAAGAUAUGGCAGUGGUGUGGAAAAUGCAAAAUUAUUUCUCAAAGAGGGUGUCAUAAGGAAGAGAACUAAUUGUAGACAUUAUAGAGAAAUGGGAUUUGUUAUAGCUGAAUCAAAUACUAACAACGACUGGAAACCACGCCGCUAUCCUAACCCUCCAACAUACAGCGAAAUUAUGCCCGGAACUUCAACAUUGUGA